UUGAGGACAACAAUUAACGAAGAACGCUGAAAAUAUACACCAAACUUAUUCAAUGACGUUCGUCGACUUGGAAGAAGAAGAGGACGUCAGGUUAAGUAUCAGCUCAGAGUCAGAAGAGCAUCAGUUUGAUAAUUGGAACCUGACACACUCCGAUCCUUUUCGUCCACUACCCAUUCCAGACACUCCGAUAGAUACACCGCCGGAGACACCACCAGAGUCACCGACAACGGUACCAAUACAUCAUGUACCUCCACCACGUGCUCCGCCCCCUCCCAUCCCAUACUUCCCCUUGCCAGUCUUGAAUCCUCCGUCAGGGAACAAAGCACUCACUGAGAAGUACAGAACACUUUACAAGCUAGUCCUGAUAGGUGAUUGGGAAACGGCUAGGGAUAAGUUCUUCAACAUUGAUUCCGAAUCAAUAACGGCCGGGAUCACUAUGUUCUCAGAGACAGCACUGCACAUAGCUGCCAAAGCAGGACAUGAAAAUUUUGCCGUGGAACUCGUGAAACUUAUGCCACCGAGAGCACUUGUACACCAAGAGUAUAACAAUGGUGAUACGCCACUUCAUCGUGCUGCCAUUACUGGAAUUACUAAAGCUGCUAAAGCAAUGGUGGAAAAGAAUCCUAUCGUGGUACAAAUUCGUAAUAAGAAGGGGUGGAUUCCACUUUUAAGUGCUAUUUAUGGAUCUUCCUAUCAGCAAAGAGAAAUGAUAGAAUUUCUUUUAUCUGCUCACCCGCGGCAUAAGAAUCGGAGUCCUUUCUCUGGUCGUAUUGGUGGUGAACUCAUAUGUACUUUGAUUAGAGCCGGCUUCUUCGAUAUUGCAACAAAAUUGAUCGACGACCACCCAAACCUGGCUGUUGAGAAAGAUAAAGAUGAUUCAUGUGCAUUAGAAGUCCUGGCUGAAAUGCGUUACGCAUUUCCAAGUGGAAGUCGGUUAGUGUCAUGGCAACGCUACGUCUACUCGCAUAUUACUGUUGACCUCCCUGAAACACGCCAACACCACGACACUGAGAAUCCUCCGGCGAAUUCUAGAAAUUUAUCAACUGAAGGUUUCGCUACAAAGCUCCUCAGCAUUACCCAAUUAACCACAGUGCUUGGAUGGAUGAAGGAACUACUGAGGAAAGUCCCAUGCGUUAAAAAAGUCUAUGACCAAAAAUUGAUGCAUAGAGAGGCUUUGGAAUUGGUUAGAUGCAUAUAUGCACAGAUAUCUAAGAGUGACUCGGAAAUUUCAGAGUUUUUCAAAGACACUUCGAUUUUCAUGGUGGCAACUACAUACGGGACGGUUGAAAUUAUAGUGGAGUGUAUCGAGAGAUUUCCUGAUAUGAUUUGGCUUAAAAUGAAAGGAAGAAAUAUAUUCGAGAUCGCGAUUGAAGAACGGCAUGAAAAGAUUUUCAAUCUUGUACAUAAGAUGAAUGAAUCUAAGAAGGAAUUAGUGUACUUGCGAGAUGAUUUUGGGAAUAAUAUUUUGCACAUAGCUGCUUUGUUGUCCUCGCCUUCAUGUCGACUUCAACCAAUUUACUGUGAGGCACUUCAGAUGCAAAUAGAGCUGCAAUGGUUCAAGGAGGUGGAGAGGAUUGCGCUUCCAAUACACAAGUUACUAAGGAACAAGGAUGGCAAGACGCCUUUAGCAUUAUUUACGGAGCAGCACAAAGAAUUAAUGGACAAAGCAGAGAAAUGGAUGAAAGGAACAACAGAAUCAUGCAUGUUAGUCGCAACCCUCAUAGCUACAGUAGUAUUUGCUGCAGCCUUUACAGUACCGGGUGGCAAUUUCAGCGAUAGUGCUAGCGGUGAUAAUGGCAUUCCAAUCUUAUUGUACAGUAACUCGUUCAUGGUAUUUGUAGUAGCAGAUGCUCUGGCUUUGUUUUCAUCAACUACAUCGGUUCUUGUUUUUCUAGCCAUCCUAAACUCACGGUAUGCAGCAGAGGAUUUUCACAAGUCACUGCCACAAAAGUUGAUAAUAGGUCUUGCAACUUUGGUAAUCUCUAUAGCUACUAUGAUGAUUGCUUUUUGUGCGACACUUUAUAUCGCGCUUGCACCUAGAUUUGGAUGGAUUCUAAUUUUUCCUUUAGUUGCUUUGGCUUCUGCUCCUGUUAUGUCCUUCGUAGCCUUACAACUUCCAUUGUUUUUGGAUUUGUGUUACACAACUUAUGGACGCAAUAUUUUCGGAAGAUGAAACCAAGUGAUUUGCUGUUACAAUGUAAUUUCUCAAUAUAUAAGACUAUCAGAAAUAGAUCAAUGUGACCUUUACAUUCAUCUUCUUCAUUA